GCCCAGCCCACGAGCUUCUCACUGCCUGUGCCGACUCCGCUCAAUGAUGACACCCUUUUUCUCCCAUGGACUCCUCUUGCUAGCAGGCCUAUGCUACCUGUUUCCCAGAACCCAAGCUACAUAUGAAGAACUCUACAAUAACAUGGACAUUAAUCGUUUUCACUGCCGGAAGGUAGCUCUCACCAUCAGCAAUGUCUCCUUCUCUUUGUACAAAGAGAUGGCCCAGCAGUCAAGAUACGAAAGUAUUUUAUUCUCCCCUAUUAGAGUUGUUGCUUCGAUUUUAAUGCUUUCCCUAGGAGCCCAAGGUAAUGUUAGCCAACACAUCCUGGAGGCCCUAAAGCUCAACAAAACGGGCUUGCCUGAAGCUGAGAUCCACAAGUGUUUCCAGUAUCUACUCCACACUGUCAACCAGCCCACAAGUGUAUCCCCACUGAAAAGUGGUAGCAGCAUGUUCGUUCCCCAGGGUCUGAACCUGGUGGACAAAUCUGUGGAGACAAUCAAGGACUUGUACUUCUCUGACGUCAUCUCCAUCAACUUCAGAGACAGCAGUAGGGCCAAGACACAGAUCAACAAUUACAUGAUGAAGAAAACCAACAAGGAAAUCGUAGAGAUGGUCAAGGAGCUGAAGAAUGACACAUUCCUUGCCCUGAUGAACUACAUUGUCUGGAAUGGCAAAAUUAUCAACGACUUUGAUUGUCAGUUCAUCAAGAUGGAGUAUUUCUACACAGGACACAGGUGGGGCAUGAAAUUACCGAUGGUCAAUAACGUGGGUGUGUAUCAUCUGUUCCAAGUCAGUGAUCUGUCUAGCACGGUGCUGAUUCAGAGCAACAACCAAGGCAGUGCCGUAGCCUACUUCAUCAUACCUGAUGAUAUGAAGUUGCACGAGGUAGAGCAGAGACUGACCUACCCACACUUUCGCCGGAUGGUGCAACAAUUUAGCCUAAGGGCGGUCAAGGUACACAUACCCAUAUUGUCACUGUCUGAGACCCACAGUGUGGAGUCAAUGAUGGACCUACUAGGAAUCACCCCUGAUUUCAACAAGGAAGCCAACAGUUCAGUGAUCAUGCAACACACACCUCAGAAGUCCUUCAAGGUGGUGAGUAAGGCCACGCUGACACUCGAGGGAAAGGGCACAAGACUCACUACAGAUUCAUGCUUCAAAAGCAAACAAUGGUCUGAUGUUCCUCUUGUUAGAGUAAAUAGGCCCUUCAUAAUCUUCAUCCAGGACCCAACAAACAAUGUCCCCAUCUUUUUAGGCAGGGUAGCAAAUCCCAGAAAGUAACUGCUCUUGGGAAUCAGCCCCUCUCCUGAGAGCUGUAUAUCCUUCCCUGAUGACAUUAAACAUGAGAUUCUUUUACCUACACCUGAGUGUCCAGCUAACUUUUCUACUGUUCCUUGAGGUGUGUGGAGACUCAAGGUCACAGCUCAUCUCCAUGUCUCCUGCAUCCAUCUCCAGCACUGAAGGGAGAGGGUCAUAUCCCCUUAUGGUUGCAUUGUGUCAACUUCCUGGGCCCUAUCCUCUCUAUCUUACCGGUGAUUUCCUGAGAAUGGCUAGAGGAGAUGGAGCAGGACCCCAGCCUUUGUCCCUGUCAUAUCUUUCCUGCCAGAGGUGUCUCACAAGUCCCCCAAUGAAAAGGUAGGUCUCCCUGGAUCUUGGCUUCUGUCUUCUCAAGUCAGUCAGGCCUGUGAGCCCAAAGCCACUUACUUUGUUUCCCUCAUCCUUGCUGACCAUGAAACCAUGCUGUACAGAUGGCUCUAAAUGGUCAUAACAAGGACAUGUCACUACAGGAGAAGAACACCUAUCCUUUCCCAUGGUCCCCCUGAGAUCUUCCUGAAGUCAUAUGUACCUUCCCCUACCCCGUCUUCAGACUAUCACUGUAGUAUUCCAAGGGCAACUGUACAUUCGGAGUGGACCUCAGGAUUCACCCUGUCAUGGGGCCAGGC